UUUGCUGUCUGUCCCCCAUUUCCAAUUAUAGAUGGAUCAUUACAGACAGAGAAGUACUGAGAAUCCAGACAUCUGCUCUUCACAUGAAUGCACUCACCUCCUAGAGAACAGCCUGCCAUCAUGCUCUGGAAACUGGUUGAAAAUGUCAAGUAUGAAGAUAUCUAUGAGAUGUUAGUCCACACCUAUUCCGCCAUGGACCGGCAUGAUGGAGUCCCCAGCCACAGCUCCAGAUUGUCCCAGCUGGGCUCUGUCUCCCAGGGACCCUAUUCCAGCGCCCCGCCGUUGUCUCACACCCCGUCCUCGGAUUUCCAGCCGCCUUACUUCCCACCCCCCUACCAGCCUCUUCCUUACCACCAAAGCCAGGACCCGUACUCCCAUGUCAAUGACCCUUACUCCCUAAACCCCUUGCAUCAACCCCAGCAGCACCCUUGGGGACAAAGGCAGAGGCAAGAGGUGGGAUCAGAAGCCGGCUCACUGCUGCCACAGCCUCGGGCCGCCUUGCCUCAGCUCUCGGGACUGGACCCCAGGCGGGACUACCACUCAGUGAGGCGGCCAGAUGUUCUCCUUCACUCGGCACACCAUGGCCUGGAUUCCGGCAUGGGAGACAGCCUUUCUCUGCAUGGCAUCGGACACCCAGGAAUGGAGGACGUGCAGUCAGUUGAAGAUGCCAAUAACAGCGGUAUGAACCUAUUGGACCAGUCUGUCAUUAAAAAAGUUCCAGUUCCUCCAAAAUCUGUUACUUCUCUGAUGAUGAAUAAAGAUGGCUUCCUGGGUGGAAUGUCAGUCAAUACCGGAGAGGUGUUUUGCUCAGUACCUGGCCGCUUGUCCUUGCUCAGUUCCACUUCAAAGUAUAAAGUAACCGUGGGAGAAGUUCAAAGACGCCUCUCGCCUCCAGAGUGUCUGAAUGCAUCCCUCCUAGGAGGAGUACUUAGAAGAGCCAAAUCGAAAAAUGGGGGGAGAUCGUUGAGAGAGAGGCUAGAAAAAAUCGGUUUGAAUUUACCAGCCGGCAGGCGUAAGGCCGCAAAUGUCACUUUACUCACCUCCCUGGUGGAAGGUGAAGCUGUUCACUUAGCUCGGGAUUUUGGAUACAUCUGUGAAACGGAGUUUCCAGCCAAAGCUGUUUCCGAGUACCUGAACAGACAGCACACGGACCCCAGCGAUCUCCACUCCAGGAAGAACAUGCUCCUGGCUACAAAGCAACUUUGUAAAGAAUUCACGGAUCUCUUGGCCCAGGACAGGACACCCAUUGGCAACAGCAGACCCAGCCCUAUUUUGGAACCAGGCAUUCAGAGCUGCUUGACUCACUUCAGCCUCAUCACCCAUGGCUUUGGGGCCCCAGCCAUCUGUGCUGCCCUCACAGCCCUCCAAAACUACCUGACUGAAGCUCUCAAAGGCAUGGACAAGAUGUUCUUGAACAACAACACUGCUAACAGGCACACAUCUGGGGAAGGACCAGCUUUGCCCGCUUGGCUUAUGAGCUUCUUCAAAGAGGACUAGAGCUCCCUACACAAUAUAUCAGUUCUGCAGCCCUGAAAUAUACUCACGAAUUUGAAAACGACAGAGCUGUUAAGACUAAAAGUUACCCUGCUCAUGUUUUCUGAAAAGCUUUGCUUAGAUUUUUAUUUUGUACCAUUUUAAUCUUUUGUUAAUUGGGGGGGGAGGGGGAACACUAGCUUACUUCGAUCCAGUAAUGGUCCUAAAGAUCGCCAGAGCUACUGAAAAAGUAGUUUUCUGUUACCCUGUUAUCCAACAAAAUACCCCUUCUGACUUAAAGGGACACUAAUUUUUUUUCUAUUUUCUUAUACCAAUGUAAAAGAAAACAUUAUAAAAAAACCCACAUUUUAGAAAUAUCUGACGGUACAAAAGAGCCUAUCUAUCGUAACCCCUUGUGUGCCAAAGUAUGUCUACAUGUUAUAAAAAUAAAAAACACAAACAAAAAUAACUAUAAACAUUAAUCUAAAAACUGAAAAUGUGGGAACUGAUACCACCCUCCUUUCUAUGCCAAAAUUGAUUCCUUUUUGGAUCACCUUGAAUAGUGAGAAAUAUCAGCUGAGCGACUCUUCCUAAAAAAAGAAAUGCGGAGGGGCAUUCAAUGUUAAGUUUGUACAUAUUUAUUUAUGCUUAAUUUAACGGGAAUGUGUAAAUAUGGCGAGCAAGUAGUUUUGAGUUAUUUAUCUGUGAAUCUAUACCUCUGUGAAUGGGUGGGGGGAUUUAAAAACAAAAAAAGAAAAAAAGAAAAAAGAAAAAAAAGAGAGAAAAAAAACGCUUGACACUAGAUAGUAUCCUAUCUGAAUUUUUUUUCUGUUCUUUAUAGACAAGCUGUUAUGGUAAUGGGUAGAAAUUGGUUUCUUGUCCAGUGAUGACCUGAUUUACAUAAAUAAUAAGAAGAAUAAAAAUUGUUGUGUUUUGUUGUAUUUUCCUCUUCAGUUUUUUUGAAUGUUGGUGCUGCUUCAGUUCUGCAGACGGAUUUACUUAUAACGCCAAGACGUCUUUAUUUUCCCAAUCUGGGCUUUGGGAAAAUUAGGAUAUGUCUCUACAUUAAAAAAAAAUGACAAUAAAUAUUGCUUCUCAGAAAUGUUGGCAUUUUAUUUCUGUCUGAUUCAGAGGUGUCUAUAAUUUUGCCAUCUUUUCCUCCUCUUUCUAAACAGACAUAAUAAACCUCAUGCCAUGUUAACGUGA